AUGAAGAAGAAGCAGCUCCAGCAGCCGCUUCUUCAACAUGACAACACCAAAGACCUUCAAAUCAUCAAAGCAGUUGCACAAGCCUGGCACUCUCACUCCGGCACCGCUAGGUCUACCAACGAAUUUGACGCUUACCCACGACGACAUUUCAAAGCAAAGCCUUCAAGAUUCAAGCUUGAAGCAAUGAACAACCCAUCUGUCAAGCUCAAGAACAAGGACAGUGCCACUAGUAUUGCCGAUGCUCCACUUUGGGACUUUGGUCAAUCGUUGUGGGAUUCAUACGAGCUUGUCACCCUCGCCAAAAAGCUUGAAACUUCCCUGGUUCUCGAUGACCAUCUUUCAGCAGCUGGCUCGGAAUCAGAAGAAAAUUCAAGUAAAGCUCAUGCAAGACGAAAGGAGAGCAAGAAUAGCCUUAGAAAUCUGUUGAAACGGGUGUCUUCCAGGAGAUUCAAUGAAGCUGAUAUUAAUUCCACCUGA